CAUUCUCCUCUGGAAGGAAUCGCUGGGAGCAGUGCGGUUGGACACAAGUUUGCGUGGGAGUGUUUUCCUUUUGUCAAUAAUUAAUCACCGGAAUCAGUCUGGCAGAAUUGGAGUUUUAGCAAUAGUGCAGAGGGCGGGGCCGAACACCUAACUCCAGGAGGCUCUGAGGCACCCGGCGCAGUGGGAAGCUCGCAGCAGCUGGGGAGGAGCCAAAGCUUGGGUGCUCACCUAAGCCGCAGGGAGAUACACCCAACCGGGAGAUGAAAAAACAGCAACCCAGAGAAGAGAAGUGACCCACACAGGAUCAAUUCCACAGAGGAAGAAGGACAAGAACCCAGAUCUGGGCCCUCCUGGGCAGGACAGACUUUCUGCAGCUUGAAAGGAGCCAACUAUGGAUUUCAGACGUGUGAAGGACUAUUUCUCCUGGCUCUACUAUCAAUACCAAAUCAUUAGCUGCUGUGCUGUCUUGGAACCCUGGGAGCGAUCCAUGUUCAAUACGAUCUUACUAACCAUCUUUGCUAUGGUGGUAUACACCGCCUAUGUAUUUAUCCCAAUCCACAUUCGUCUGGCUUGGGAAUUUUUCUCCAAAAUGUGCGGCUAUCACAGUGCAGUUUCUAAUUGAGCUUAGUUGCAUUCUGUGAAUCGUCAUUGCGUAUGUAAACGUUGCUUACAAGUUACCAAUUUACAUGAAUACCGUGUCUUCUUUCACUAUCUGAUCUGAAAAGCUCUCUUCUCUAUGCACUCUUGUAUCUUGCCUGAAAUGUGAGAUAGGUGUUUCUUUAGGUUCUUUUGUACAUUCUGCAUUGUGCAUCCAACCAUGGGUAACACACAGAGACCUUACCUCACAGACUAACCAUAUUCGUUCAGCUUAAAUCUACAACUUCAGAUUUUUUUUUAAUUGGAAAUUUCAUAUAAAAUUUUUUCUGGGAAGCUGGCUCCUAAGAGACCUACCAGAAUCCUAUUUAAAAUGCUCCCUUGAUACGUGUUCUGUACUAAAGGGUAUAUUUUUAAAAAUUUGUUCAUAAGCUCCUGUCAAAAGUAUCCUAUCCUUGUUUACAGCAUAUGAAAAGAUAUGAAUAAAUUAUAUGGGCCCCCUAAAGUCUUAUUUUCUAGUAAACUGCUGAAACCUAAAAUUCUUGUACUUUGAGUGCAAAAGAAUAGGCUGGAGGCAAUUAUCUCUUUCCAGACAUGGUUCAUGAAUUAUUUCAAAUGCCUCUAAAAGUCUGGCUUUAUAACAGUUUAAAAUCAACAAUGUUGAUUUUAGAUAACCCAGUAAGUAUUAUGAUACAAAGAUAUUAAGUGUAAGGAACAAAAUAUAAUCAAAGUAAAUUCAGAUGUGACUUGAGAUGCUGCCCAGGCCUUGCAUGAUCUUGAGAGCCAGGGGUGGGGGUGGGGGAGUGAGAGAAAAGAAAUUGCUUUCUUUCUGUGAUUUCACUCAGUGGAGGGAGGGGGAAAGCACGUAUUAGGCUACAGGAAGAAAAGCUAAUAAAUAGACUGGAAGUAAUAUUCUACCAGCAGGAACUCGACAGCUCCAGUUAAAUGCUUUGAUAUAGUGGCUCUGUUGCAGAGCAAAAACAAGAUUUAUUAAAUUUCCUCCAAAGUGUUUAUCUCAAAAACAAAUACAAGUUUUUAAUUAUACUGCUGAAUCAAAUGUGAAUGCCGAAGGCCAAACCUUACAGUUUUUCUUUCCUUCCAAUAAAUACUAAGGUUAGUAAUUCUGGAGGGUAAAAAUGGGAAAAAAUAUAGUCUUUGGACAAUGUUUGCACCUAUGUUUGUGUUAUGGGGGAAAAAAAUUCCCAGGAAGCCUAGAGAGAAAGAUGUUUGGCAUGCCAAAUUAACAUGCAUGUUUGUUAAAAAAACAAAAAUACGUGUUUUGAAGAUAAAACCAGAUCUGAACAUGUACUGUUGAUUUUUGCAAAAUAAAAUUAGGUUUAAUUUUGUAAAUAAAAUAUUCACCUCCAGA